AUGGUAGGUAUUCAUCAUCAUAUAUUUUUGGCAGCAAUAGCCUUCCUGACGCUACUUAAUGUAGCUUUAGGUAGCACAGAGGCGUGCCUCCCAGAGGGUCAAAGAAAAAAUGGGAUGAACAUUAAUUUUUACCAAUAUUCUUUGAUGGAUUCCUCCACGUAUUCUAAUGCGGCGUAUAUGGCUUACCAAUACACAAAUAAAGUUAAAUUAGGCUCUGUUUCUGGAAAAACUAAACUUUCUAUCAAGUACGCUCCAUGCCAAACAGAACCUGGUGAUGAAUCUGCUGUGGCUAAACGUGAAGUUGAGAAUUACUACGAUACAGUUCUUUCUUCCGGAGUGCAAAAACGUGCCAGUUGUGACGAAGCCAAGGCUCACUGGAGUUCCACUUUGUUUGGCUUCUACACCACACCAACAAAUAUUACUCUAGAAAUGACAGGUUACUUUUUGCCACCACAGACAGGGUCUUACUCUUUUAAAUUUGCCACGGUAGAUGACUCAGCAAUUCUAUCAGUUGGUGGUAAUGUUGCGUUUGAUUGUUGUGCGCAACAACAACCUCCAAUCACAUCAACCAACUUCACAAUCAACGGUAUCAAGCCAUGGCAUCAAAGUUUGCCCCCCAACAUCGUAGGGUCUGUUUAUAUGUAUGCUGGCUACUAUUAUCCAAUGAAAAUUGUAUAUUCGAAUGCUGUUUCAUAUGCUAAACUUCCAAUUAGUGUUACACUUCCCGAUGGCACAACUGUUACUGAUGAUUUCCAAGGAUAUGUCUAUUCUUUUGAUGACGAUCUAACCCAAGAAAACUGUGCCAUUCCAGAUCCUUCAACCCAUACCAAUUCAGGUAUUAUAACAACCACCACCGAACCAUGGACUGGUACUUUCACUACCACCACUACCGAAAUGAGCACUGUUACUGGUUCUAAUGGCCUGCCAACCGAUGAAACUAUUAUUGAGAUUAAAACACCAACUAGCGCUGGUUUGAUCACCACUACUACUGAACCUUGGUCUGGUACUUUCACCACCACUACUACUGAAAUGAGCACUUUCACUGGCACUAACGGUAACCCAACUGACGAAACCGUCGUUGUUAUCAAGACACCAACCAGUGCUGGUUUGAUCACCACCACUACUGAACCUUGGUCUGGUACUUUCACCACCACUACUACUGAAAUGAGCACUUUCACCGGUACUAACGGUAACCCAACCGACGAAACCGUCGUUGUUAUCAAGACACCAACCAGUGCUGGUUUGAUCACCACCACUACUGAACCUUGGUCUGGUACUUUCACCACCACUACUACUGAAAUGAGCACUUUCACCGGUACUAACGGUAACCCAACUGACGAAACCGUCGUUGUUAUCAAGACACCAACUAGCGCUGGUUUGAUCACCACCACUACUGAACCUUGGUCUGGUACUUUCACUACUACCACCACCGAAAUGAGCACUUUCACCGGUACUAACGGUAACCCAACUGACGAAACCGUCGUUGUUAUCAAGACACCAACCAGUGCUGGUUUAAUCACCACUACUACUGAACCAUGGUCCGGUACUUUCACCACCACUACUACUGAAAUGAGCACUUUCACCGGUACUAACGGUAACCCAACCGAUGAAACUGUCGUUGUUAUCAAGACACCAACUAGCGCUGGUUUAAUCACCACUACUACUGAACCAUGGUCCGGUACUUUCACCACCACUACUACUGAAAUGAGCACUUUCACCGGUACUAACGGUAACCCAACUGACGAAACUGUCGUUGUUAUCAAGACACCAACCAAUGCAAGCCCAUCUAGUGUUUCAUCAUCAACUGUAGCAGGUUUGGUCAGAACUACUGAACCAUGGUCAGGUACUUUCACCACCACAAUUACUGAAUUGAGCACUUACACCGGUACUAACGGUAAACCAACUGACGAAACCGUCGUUGUUAUCAAGACACCAACUAGCGCUGGUUUAAUCACCACUACUACUGAACCAUGGUCCGGUACUUUCACCACCACUACUACUGAAAUGAGCACUUUCACCGGCACUAACGGUAACCCAACUGACGAAACCGUCGUUGUUAUCAAGACACCAACCAGUGCUGGUUUGAUCACCACCACUACUGAACCUUGGUCUGGUACUUUCACCACCACUACUACUGAAAUGAGCACUUUCACUGGCACUAACGGUAACCCAACUGACGAAACCGUCGUUGUUAUCAAGACACCAACCAGUGCUGGUUUAAUCACCACUACUACUGAACCAUGGUCCGGUACUUUCACCACCACUACUACUGAAAUGAGCACUUUCACCGGUACUAACGGUAACCCAACCGAUGAAACUGUCGUUGUUAUCAAGACACCAACUAGCGCUGGUUUAAUCACCACUACUACUGAACCAUGGUCCGGUACUUUCACCACCACUACUACUGAAAUGAGCACUUUCACCGGUACUAACGGUAACCCAACUGACGAAACUGUCGUUGUUAUCAAGACACCAACUAAUGCAAGCCCAUCUAGUGUUUCAUCAUCAACUGUAGCAGGUUUGGUCAGAACUACUGAACCAUGGUCAGGUACUUUCACCACCACAAUUACUGAAUUGAGCACUUACACCGGUACUAACGGUAAACCAACUGACGAAACCGUCGUUGUUAUCAAGACACCAACUAGUGCCAGUCCAUCUAGUGUUUCAUCAUCUACUCCAGAGAGUAUCAUUAGUUCUGUUACAUCUUCUCACCCAAUUAUUACACCCUUGUACCCCAGCAACGGAACUUCAAUUGUCAGUUCUUCUGCCAGCUCCAAGGAUGAAACCCCAAUUUCUUCAACAUCUACCUUAGUGAGCCACUCUUCUGUGGUUUCUAGACCAUCUAAAUCAUUUGUCAUUCCAACUACUGGUUCUACCAAUUCUGCUGAAAGCCAAAGCAGUUCAAUUAAUUCUUUUACUAGCUAUUCCACAAACCGCAAAACUAGCUCUGUUUCUCCUUCAUCCGCUUCUGCUGAACCAUCAAAGGUGUCUAGUUAUUCAUCUUCAUCAUAUACCACUACUACAACAAGCGAGCAAACUACUUUGGUUACCAUAACUUCCUGUGGACCUCAUACAUGCACUGAGUCCACUUCAUCUGCUAUUGUUUCUACAGCCACCACAACCGUUAGCGGCGUCACAACAGAGUACACCACAUGGUGUCCUAUUUCUACCACAAUCCCUGAAAAACAAACUACACUGGUUACUGUUACUUCCUGUGAGUCUGACAUCUGUUCCAAGGUCACCUCUUCCGCUAUUGUUUCUACAACCACAGCUACUAUUAAUGGAGCUGUCACUGAAUACACAACAUGGUGUCCUGUUUCCACUACAGAAUCAAAACAACAGACAACACUAGUCACAGUUACUUCUUGUGAAUCUGGUGUCUGUUCAGAAACUGCUUCACCAGCUAUUGUUUCGACAGCCACGGCUACCAUAAAUGACGUCGUAACGAUUUUCCCCACAUGGAGCCCACAAACUACGGACGAAAAAGCUGUCAACUCCAAUACUGUAAGUACCUCUUCCGUAUCAGAAGCUGCUAAAACCGAAACAGCAACCCGCUCUUCACUUUCAAGAUCCAGCUAUGCCGAAGAAACACACUCGACUGUUACAUCCAGCGCAAUUGGACAAACCAAUAGUGUUUCUGUUUCUGUAACUGCCAGCACCAGAGAUGUCGCAACUUCUGGGUUGAGCACUAUGUCUCAACAGCCUCGCAGCGCUUCUUCAAACGGUACACCUGUGUCCAGCACAGCUUCCUUAGAAAUUUCAAGCUACCUUGGUAUUGCGAAUGGUCUGCUGGCCAAUAGUGGACUAUGUGUGUUCAUUGCCUCCUUGUUGAUGACAAUUGUUUAG